UCGGCGGGAAGAAAGUAGCAAGUAUGUGUUGGUGCGUCUUAAAUCCAAAGAAGUGCGGAAAGUUUUAACUAGUUGCCGAGCCACCAUUGGCAAAGUUAGCAAUAGCGAAGCCAAUUUGGUGCGGCUCGGAAAAGCUGGCCGAAGCCGUUGGCGGGGUAUCCGACCCGCGGUGCGAGGUUCAGCGAUGAACCCUUGCGACCACCCUCACGGAGGUAAAGAAAAGCAGCCUAUCGGUCAUAAAUCUCCACUUAGCCCUUGA